AUGGCACCGUUAGUGAAGAUGAUGAUCUUGACUUUCUUCCUUAUAGCGUUGUCGUCAAAGUUAUCACCCCUCCCACGCCACAGCCUUCCUCCACCACCACCAUCACCAAGUGAUGGCUUGUCCCUCGAGCUCAUCCCGCCCCAUUCCCCAAAAUCUCCAUUUUACAAAAAGACCCAUCAUUCCUCCUUAGGCAUAGUAAAUCCCCUCAUUUCCCCUUCCAAACAAGGCGGCAUGUUAAUUAGCGUUGGUAUUGGCACCGGGGACGAUGGUACUGCCCCUUACAAAUCUUACCUUUUGAGGCUGGACACUGGAACCGACCUAACAUGGAUCCAGUGUGAGGAGUGUAACAUUGAAGAUGAAAACCACAGGUGCUAUAGCCAAAGAGGUGAACCAUAUCCAAAUAGCAAGUCAGGAAGCUACCGACCUGUGCCUAAAAGCCACCCCUUCUGCCUUCCGGGAGACUACGACGAGGAAAGAGGCCGUUGCACAUAUUCGAUCCAGAACUUUGAAUAUGGCCUCAACAGCUCAGGCGUGCUUGCCGCUGAUACGUUCACAUUCCCCUCACCAACGGGUACUGCGCGGGUGAACAAUAUUGGCUUUGGGUGUGGUUAUAAGAACUAUAACCCAAGCGCCAGUCAUGAUUAUGAAGUAACAGGGGUUUUUGGCAUGAGCCGUGGGUUUCGUUCUUUUCUCAGGCAAUAUCAAUAUGAGAGGUUUUCUUAUUGCCUGGCUCCCUAUGUGAAAAACGAAAACCCUCCCCAAACCUACCUGAGGUUUGGCUCAGAAGUGAGGCCGCCGCCAACAUACUUCCAGACGCUGGAUCUUCUCAUGCUUGGGUCAAACAAAUAUUACUAUUAUGUGGAGUUGGAAGACCUCGGGGUAAACAGCCAGAGGCUUCGGAUUGAUCGGACCAAGUUUGGAAAUCAGCCGUUACUUCUUGACACUGGCUUUCCCGGUUCAUAUUUUCUGAACGCUGUCCAUGAAGAACUUGUGGGUAAACUAGACAGCAUUUUAAUUACUGCAGCUGGGGAGUUCAGUAAGAUUAUCCGUGAUGACAGCAGCAUUUGCUAUAAGAGAAUGAGGAAGCCACCACAAGGAUUUACUCCCAACAUACCAAGUGUCAAUUACUUUUUCAAGGGAGGUGCUCAUCUCAAUUUGCCUCCUCAGAAUGUUUUUGAAAGGAUGGAAGUAACUGAAAGCACGACAAGGAGAGUCAGAGAAUGGUUCUAUUUGAACAUUUUCUCAAGCCAGAUCAAAAACAUCUUAGGUGCCUACCAACAAACUGACUUCAAGUUUAUUUUUGAGUAA